GAAAUCUUCGGCCGCCUCGCUCGUCUCGACUGCUGCAGGGCAGAAUUAGGGAAGUGCAACCCGUCUACGAUGUCGACGCAGGAACUCGAAAGCCUCAUCCGGAGACUCGAGUCGGUGGCUACGAGGCUCGAGACUUCGGAGUCUAGAAUCGGAGGGGGCUCAGCACCUUCAGAUGAGGAAGUUGCUGCCUUCGUCUCAGCUUUCGACGAAAUCGUCUCAGGCCCGUUCGUCACUUACAUGAAGUUGUCGAAUCAGAUUGGAUCAGAUGUGGCGAAGCAUGCUGAGAUGGUCGACGCUGCUCUCAAGCUGCAGAGAAACUUUGUGCAGGUAGCGUCAAAGAGCAAGAAACCGUCGACAGAUCAGCUGAUGGCCCUCUUGAAACCCCAGUCGGAGGCCAUACAGAAGAUUCAAAGUUUCAGAGAGGCAAACCGCACUUCGAAGCAAUACAAUCAUUUGUCCGCCAUCUCCGAGUCCAUCCCGUUCUUGGGAUGGGUUGCGGUGGCCCCGACUCCGGGACCUUAUGUCAAGGAAAUGGCCGAUGCCUGCAAAUUCUAUACUAACAGGGUUCUGAUGGAGUACAAAGAUAAGGACAAAACCCACGUCGAAUGGACCAAGGCUUGGCUCGAGGUACUGAACCAACUGCAAGCCUACAUCAAGCAGUACCACACCACCGGACUCACGUGGAACCCGAAAGGCGGCGAUGCGGCCGCGGCUGCCGGAGCAUCCGCUGUCCGAGCACCUGCGGCUGCCCCUGCUGCAGGAGCUCCACCACCUCCGCCCCCACCACCCUCGAUGGAGCUCUUGCUUGGGUCUGGACCUUCUCCAGCUGCUGCGCCGAGCGGCGGCGGCGAUCCUCGGGCGGCUUUGUUUGCAUCGAUCAACCAGGGAGCUGACAUCACGAGGGCGCUGAAAAAAGUUUCCGCGGAUCAGAUGACACACAAGAAUCCGAAUCUGCGAUCGACUUCAGUAGUACCCGCGAAGGCACCGACCGUGGGUCCUAAGCCCGCGACCGCCCCGAAGCCCGCGGUGGUCAAGCCCCCAAGGUGUGAGCUCGAUGGCAAAAAGUGGAUCGUCGAGUUCCAGAGGGACGUCCCCCAGCUCGUCCUCGAUGAUGUGCACAUGAAUCAGGUCGUCUACGUAUACGGAUGCCAGAACUCCGUCAUCAUUGUCAAGGGCAAAUGUAACUCGAUCUCGGUAGACAACUGCAAGAAAACAUCGAUCGUGUUCGAUGAUAUCGUGUCGACUGUUGAGUUCGUCAACUGCCAGUCUGUCAAGGCUCAAGCGAUGGGAGUGAUCCCGAUUUUCUCGAUCGACAAAACCGAUGGAGCUCAUAUUUAUUUAAGCGAAGCCAGUGCAAAAGCCGAAAUCGUCACUUCGAAGGCCUCUGAGGUCAACGUGUCGGUGCCCUCAGGGCCUGACGGUGACUACGUGGAAUGCGCAAUCCCCGAACAGUUCAAGAGCGUCUGGAACGGCAAAGGCAUGAAGACCGAUAUCCUGGAUAUCGCGGCCUGAGCAGAGGACGGAGACUCAAUUCAUGAUAUGAGACGAACAAAUCGAAAUAUGAGCGAAACCAUCGAAGAGACGGUGUCUAAUUUUCGGAGAGGGAGUCCGAUGAUAUAUACACGAUUCAAAUGUGACAGGGAGUCGAGCCCGUGUGAGGCGAGGCGAUCUGCAAAUAAGAUGAUGUCUGUGAAUGUGUGGUGUGAGGCGUAAAGACGUUGAUUCCUUCUCCGGGGAGCCUUCGGAAAGGACAGGAAAUGCUACGAGGAGGAUGUAGCUGGCUCAUUCGAAUUUUUCCCCGAGGGAGAUUUCGGCGCUUGGAACCGGGGCGAUCCUCGAUGAGAAUAACUAUAAUAAUUAAUAUAAAAACGGGAUGUACCUUAUU